AAUGCCAAUUACCAGAACACUCAUCCCUCCUUCACCAGUGGUGUUAACAUGAUUAAUGAUAACCCAACCUGGAAUACGAAUAUGGCUUCUUCUAAUUGGCCCAUUACGUUCCCUCUCCAAACCCCAAUAUCUUCGGCAUCGUCGUCGUCUUCUUCCUCCGCUUCUGGUUUUCUUACCAGUGACACGUUUGGGAUCAACUUGGGACAAGAAGGAGAGGAAGAGGAAAAGGAAGAAGAAGAAGAGCUUGGAGCCAUGAAGGAGAUGAUGUACAGGAUCGCAGCUUUACAGCCCGUGGACAUCGACCCCUCCACCAUCGAGAACCUAAGCGGCGGAACGUCCUGGUCAGUGACGACCCGUUGAGUGUCGCAGCCCGACACCGCCGUGAGAGGAUCAGCGAGAAAAUCCGAAUUCUGCAGAAACUCGUCCCCGGAGGAACCAAGCUCGACACCGCCUCCAUGCUCGACUAAGCCAUUCGCUACGUCAAAUUCUUGAAGAGACAAAUCAGGUUGCUCCAAUCUCAUCCACCACCAGUUCCACCCCAACACUGCAACAAUAUGGCUACCAUCACCACCGCCACUCUCGCCGAUUGGCCUUGUACACCAAACACACUACUCCCCACUUCCUCCCCCGCCUCCGCCAACGCCCGUGAUAGCUCCUCCUGGUUUAACUAUGAGGUAAUUGAUGAAUUACUGAAUAAUUAGCUUGGGUAUCAUGUCGAUUACUGUGCAAAUACGAAAAGAGGCAUCUAGCAAGCAAUUAAUUAAUAUUGUCUGAUCGGUGUUUAGAAUAUUAGAAUAAUCAUAGUGGUUGGCUGGGUACAGCCACAUAGAGAGAGAGAGAGAGAGAGAGAGAGAGAGAGAGAGAGAGAAUAUUGGGAAUGCUGUGUUUAAGGUUCUCAAGAAGGGGGGAAAGAAAGCAGCCCUCACUUCUCAGCAUUACUAGCAAGUGUUCACGCGGGGUUACCAGCACGUUGUAUUUACUGGUUACGGUUUUUCUAUGGGUUGUAUUGUUUAUUUGUAAGUGCUGUUCGGAUUUUCAGGUUAAUUUGUGGGCUUGUAUGUCUAUUUCGUUUCUCGC